AGAGUUUAUUAAUUUCUACUCCAAUGUUUCUAGUUGUUUAGUAACUGGGGGUUAGGCAUGAAACCCAUGUCAAUCUUCACGUCAAACGGCGACUUGAAAUAUGAGUAUGCAAAGCACUUUGAGUUUAUGACUUGUUGAGUAAUCAGGUGCUUUCAUCACAAAUGUUAGUAUUUGCGUCAAAAGGCAAGUGAUAGCUUUGAGAAGAAUGUGUUAUAUGGCUGAAAAAAAAAGAGUCAAAUGUUUCGUGACCUUUGUUACUUGAGUAAGUAAGUACUUAGGGGUGUCUCUUCACCUAAUGUUCUAAAGCCAACUGGUUUGAGAGUCAUUGACAAAAAGCUUAUUACAUGGGUAACUUAGAAAGCCUAAGGAAACUCGACAUAUGAAAAAAAAAAAAGAAAAAAAAAGAAGAAAAAAUAAUAAUAAUAAGUGCUAAGAGUAUUUUACUUUAAGUGAAUGUAUGAGAACUCUUGAAUAUUUGAAACUUUGUGUCUAAUUGAAUAUUAAUUCCUGGAUUUUCUUUGCAUGCAUAUCAUGUAGUUACAUCCUUGCAUUAGGAUUUUGUGGGUAGAUCCACUGCAAACUCUCACGAGACACAACUCGUCCACUAGGGUGACCUAGGGGUUUAAAGGCUUGUUGCACAUGUUAAGUGCGAUCGUGAUUCCUACGAAAGUGAGUUAGGUUUUAUUUUCUUUUUGUUUAUUUUUUUUAUUUUAUUAGAGGACGAGUAAAACUUAAGUUUGGGGGAAUUUGAUGAGUUAAAUUUAUAUACAUAUUAAUAUGGAAUUGUUGCUUUGAUAUUAUUGAUAUUUGGAUUAGUUUUAUAAGGUUUUACUGAGUUUUAUGAGACUUUACAUGAUUUUCAUUCUUUGUGCAGAAAAAGACUUGAAUGCAUAAAAUAAGAGUUUUUAAGGAUUUAUUGAAUAUUUUCUAAAAGUUGAGGGACUGAAUUGCAAGAAGAGGGCGGCCAUUUGGAACCUAAAUGAAUGAAUCUUGAGUUUUGGGAUCUAAGUGCUCAUAAUGAAAAAUUUGGGGGACCAGAUCUGCUAUUUUACCAUUGAAGAAAUUGUAAAAGGAAGCCAAAAACCCGACACGGGUGUAGUGUCGACACAUAACUGGGGUGUCGACACCAUGCGUUAAACGUCCAGAACCAGACUCUGUUUCCUAUUUUGUGUCAACACGGAAUCCAAAGUGUCAGUACCAUGCGAUCAACGUCCAAAAUUUAGUUUCCUAUUUUUGUUCCAAGUCAUACUUCUAUUUUAAUUAGGGUUUCUAAAAUCCUAUAAAUACCCAUCCAAAUU